GUGCAAUAAAUGGCGAUUCGUGAACGAUAACUAUUGAUGUGUACAAAAGGAAUCUUAUCGCUAUUACAGUAAAAAAAAACGCAAAAAGUUCUCCUAUUAAUACUUAUUUCCGUUAUUAAAAUGCGGUCUGUUGUGGAAAUAGGUGCUAGUGUCCCUGCUUUUCUUGGGAAACUGUGGAAACUGGUCAAUGAUACUGAGACGAAUCAUUUGAUUUCAUGGAGCCCCGGAGGAAAAACAUUUGUAAUAAAAAACCAAGCAGAUUUCGCUCGGGAACUGUUACCCCUUUAUUACAAACACAAUAAUAUGGCAAGUUUUAUAAGGCAAUUAAAUAUGUAUGGAUUUCAUAAAAUAACAUCUGUAGAGAAUGGAGGUUUACGCUAUGAAAAAGAUGAAAUUGAGUUUUCCCAUCACUGCUUCAUGAGGGGUCAUGCUUAUCUUUUGGAGCAUAUUAAAAGAAAGAUAGCAAAUCCCAAAUCUAUUGUGACCAGUGGUGAAAGUGGUGAGAAGAUACUUCUUAAACCUGAGCUCAUGAACAAAGUUCUUGCUGAUGUAAAACAGAUGAAAGGUAAACAAGAAACACUUGAUGCAAAAUUUAGUGCCAUGAAGCAAGAGAAUGAAGCCCUGUGGAGGGAGGUAGCAAUUCUUCGUCAAAAACACAUCAAGCAACAGCAAAUUGUUAACAAUUUAAUCCAAUUCCUGAUGUCAUUGGUGCAGCCUGCAAGACCACCUCCUCCUGGUGGCAACAAUGUUGGAGUAAAGAGACCUUACCAGUUGAUGAUUAAUAGCGCAGCACACAACACACUUGAUGGCUAUCCCAACAAGGCGAAAAAUAUCAAAUUGGACAAAGAUGGCCUUCUUGAAGAAUUGAAUGAAGAAAAUAAUUUGGAAGAUGGCCCCACGAUUCAUGAACUUGUCCAUGAUGAUAUUUGCCACAAUGAUGCGUCUCAAGAUCCCUUGGAUGCUGCUAAUUAUGUCUCGAUUGAUGUUCCCGGUAUUACAACUUACCCUAGCCCUACUGACCCCUCGGCAUUGCAGUACCAAGUUACCAUGGAAGAUGGAGAUGAUGUUGAGACAGAUGGAGCUGCAUCAAUCCGUUUCUAUCCAGCAAACAGGACAAAUGGGAAUACCUUAAACACGACGGAAACCUUACCUGUCGUCAACUCGCCAGUAGCUGAUCCUACAUCACCUGGACAAGUAGUUAACAAUGUGAUGGCUUCACCUGGAACGUCCAAACCUAAAGCAAGAGUUAAUGGACACAAAAAUGCAAGAAGCAUGAUGAAUUCUGCAAACUUUAAUUCUAUGAACCCAUCAGCAGAUUUGAAACUUCCUGCUGAGAUAUUCGCCAGUGACGACUCUGUGAGCGACGCUGGCUUGGCUACAGCAGAGGAUAUCGCUGUGCAGAAUUUGCAGGAUACAUUACUGUCUGGAGAUAUUUGCAAACCUUCCAAGGACAAAAUGUUGGGUACUGGUCUUAAUAUUAAAAUAGAAAAACCAGCAGCAACAUCCAAGAGUUCUAAGAAGUCCAAAAAAGAAGCUAAAAACAACGAGAAUAUGAAUUUGAACCUAGCUGAUAUCAAGACGGAACUUCAGGAUGACUUGGACUGGAAUAAUAUGACUUUGGCUACUAUCAAUAACAACACUAAUGUAAAUAGAUACCAAUCAAGGAAUAGAAGAGAUAACAUCGGCAUAAACAGAGAAGACUUUGCUUCUCUAUUUGGAACAAAUGCAAACAAAAAUGACAUAGAUGACCAUUUGGAUUCAAUGCAAACAGAUCUUGAGUCACUAAGGGAACUUUUGCGAAGUGAUUCUUAUGCUUUUGACACCAACACGUUGAUGGGGCUAUUUGGUUCCGACGAUCCCUUCUAUGGACUAUCUUACAAUACUAUGGAUGAUAGAACGAAAGCGGCCAAUGGUGAUACAACAAAACAGUAUCCGAUGAUUGAUUUUGAUUGGCUGAUCGGUAACUGUGAGGCCUCGACUGGCAAGUAGCCUGUCACUACUGCUACCUACUGAACUUUCAAGAUUUUCGCAAGAAAUUAGUUAACGUCAUUAAUGUGACGAAUUGGAUAUUUUUGGUAAAGGGGUAUAAUGAUUGUGGUGGUUACAACUCGUGGCUGGCACAAGCGGUUGAUGUCGCGGCAGAAGAUCCGGUUCUAGUGACAAUAACUCCUGUAAUGCGAUCACAGUGUAUGAAUGUUACAACAACUGACCAGUACAGUCACGUGACAGCAUCAAUAUUUUGUUAAGUAUUGCAGAAAAUCAGCCCCUGUUUGUUUUAUGCUGGUUUAAAUAUUAAUUUUUCUACCAAAUUCUGGUUGAUAACAUCGAUUUGUUAUGUGAGAGAAGUAUGAAAGCUUUUGUUGCGAAAAAAUAACAGAAUAUUCCUAAAGACUAUAAGCUUCGACAUUGUACCUAUUCGUUAUUUAGAUUGUAUAACUAUCAUAAUAGAGUUUAUUUUCGCACACAAAAUCAUAUGACGUACAAAGUGUUAAUCUUCUGAAAAUGUUUUUUGUCGCGACAUGAUGUGUGUGGAAUGUUAGAAAUGUUGUAAGGGAUUACAAUAAUAUAGAUAGUUUAUUAAGAUUAUACAAUAGGAAACUUAACGGUUUAUUUGUAAUUAAUGUUAUCUAAGUGUACUAUAGAAAAUAUGUUUUGUUAUUAAUUAAAGCAAAGAAGCAGAAAGGUGAGAUUACCGAUCUAAACGGUGAAGACGAACACGUGGAGGUCCAGUGUACGGAUGAUGACGGUACUAAUAAUAAUGCACUUUAUUUAAACACUUACUUUAGUGCAUGAUUCGAAUGUAGUUUGUUCCGCUUGUCAAAUAAAAUAACUUGCAGCAAUAGUGACUGAAACAGGGAUCAAAAAGAAUCAUAAUACUGUAAUCAUAAUACCUAUAAUGCGAGUCAGUAAAGUGAUAUUAGCAUUGUUGCUUGUUCGUAGUAUGUAUACAUAAUAUAUUUAGCAUUAUAAAUGCAAAACAACCAAAUAUUCAACUAUAGUACAUAUUCAUGAAUAUUUAAAUUAUGUUACAGUCAUUUUUAUUAAUAAGUUUAUCUAAGUUGCCAUCUAAGAUUAACGAUUAAUAUAUUAUGUAAUAAAUACGCUUUCCGAAAUAAUAAUAAAAAAACAACAUUAUAGCCCUUGAUUCAAUCUACAUAAGACAUUAUAUCUUCAAAUCGUCCUAUUUUAUAUUACCCUGGUGUCAGGUUUUCGCCACAGGCGACUGACAUGGCUCAAUUUAUGUUACGAUAUUUAUUUUUCUUAUCGUUGAACGACUUUGACACCAAUUUUGUAUCUGGCUACACUAUUUCAUACCAGUAAAGUGACAGCGCUUAAUGUAAUGUCAAAUCACUGACUCGGAUUAUUUCAAGUGCAGAACUAAUCCAAAUAAUCAGAUCGAAGAUAAAUCAACCAUUCUCUUAAAAAAAAAAUCUUAUUCAUAGUUUCUGCUAUUACUAACCCAGAUUCAGUCACGUAUAAAUUAGGCAGAUCUUUUUUAUAGUGGAAACAAUUUUUGAAUGGCAUAUUAUAUUAUAAAUAUUGUAGUGCCGCACUCGAAUUUAGUCCGUUUUCAAAAGUUGAUAAGUUACAUUUAUUUUUAUCAUAUAGUACUUUGUUUAUUAUAUUAGUAGCGGUCUUAAAAAUAGACAGGUAUUAGGUAGUUGUAAGUUCAUCAGUUCAUUUCUUAUAGUUAUAAAUAAUGAUAUUUUGAUAGUUUGGCCUUUAUUAUAAAUAUUUAGGCUAUUUAUAAUAAAGUUGACAAAAGUAUUUUUUUAUAAUAUUUUCUUAAAUGGAUCAAUAUAGUGUCAAUGCAGUUCAUGGUGCAUUUAAUACGCUUUUGUGUCUGAAAAUCGAGCAUAACAAUAACCCUUUGACUAAUUUACUGUCUUAAUAAUUUUAAUCUCUAAUAAUUACAUAUUUCAACGAUUUUAGGCUGUACAUUUAUGAUCGAUAUGACGAACGUGCUUUUUAUAGUAGAAUUUAGAUGGUACUUUAUAAUUAUAUAAGGUGUAUUUACAAUUUAUAAUUAGAAGUAACGAUGUGAAGAUCAUAACAAUUUUUUGCAUUUGGUGUGGGGUUAAAAUGAUGUUCGCAUGGUUUUUAUUCUAUAUUUAUGUGUUAAUUCAUUACAAUCAAAAUAUUUGUAACAUUUAAUAGUCAUAAUCGAAGUAAAAUUACAAAGCAAGGAUACUUACAUCUGAAAUUACAUGAAAUGUAAAAAAAAAAUCUUACGGACUAGACCCAUUGGGGUAAAUAGUCACUCGACCCUUGAAGUCAUUGUUACAAAAACUUAUUUUUCUGAUAAUGUAAGCAUUCUCUGUGUUUGGCUCGAUUUAUGUAUGGUUACUGACAAUAUGUUUUUUCUUGGGUGACUUUCAGUUGAAGGGAAUCAGCUAAUAUCGUAUACAGGAAAUAUUCCAGACUUUGAGUAUAUAAAUAUGCCAGAUUUGGAGGGUGACAAUACGGAAGACGCUUGCAUGUCACCCAGUCCGGCCAGCACGACGUUAAACACUCCUCAAGUGGAAGUUCCGUCCCCGAUGAGCAGGCGGUCCUGAGUCACGAAGGAACGACGCUGCAGGCGACGGGCGGGCCAGUAAACUUUCUGCAGUCGGCUAAAAUACGCAGUCACUCAACAAAUUAGAAAUUAAUUGGUUAUUGUACCUAUAUUGGCGCAAUCUGCUCAUUAGAAAGUAGUCAAUUUUUGUAACUAUUGCAUAGUAACUAUAUUAUUAUGUACAGUUUCAAAAUUUAUUAUUUAAAGAUUUUGGUGUGAUAAUCACAUUAGGAUUACACGGACAAGCAUGGUUGAUUUUGAUUAAUUAUAAGUUCCAAAUGUUUUGUUUGAAGAUUUAUACGGCAAACGCCACGAGAUUAAAGGCCAUAGUAAAUAGUAAAAAAAAAAAUGAUAAUAUUGAACAAGUAAAUCUUAAGUUUUUCAAAAUUUUGUUACAAAAGGCGUUUCAAAUACAUAGUACAGAAAAACUUCAUUAAAAUCAUAAUUAUUUCGAAUUUGAAUUUUUUUUUAUUGAAUCGGUAAAGUGAGAUAAGAGUCCAAUUAAUUACGCAACUGUAUUAACAAUAAAAUACUGUAAUAUUAGCGUCGGCUAGUGCUAGCAAUACAAAUUAAUAUCAUCAAAAAAGAUAAAUGUUAUUUAGAGAAAUCUUGCUUAGGUGCCUUAUAAAAAAUAUAAUAUAGUCGAUAUGUACCUAUGUAACUUUUAGACUUAUUUGUAGAGUCAGCAUCACAAGUAGCGGGCCAUAUGAAGUUACCCCGCUUAUUAUAAGAGAUACUGUACCUUAUAUAUUUAAAUUAUAAACUUUCUGAUGCAGCUUUGACCUUCAUAGUGCAAUAAGUAUAAAUUUGUAUUACUACUGUAACAAUACGUCAUGUCACGCCAAUAAUAAAUUAAAAGUUAGCUGUUAAAUAGACAUGGAUAUUACAAAAAUGUGAGUUAUAAUGUGACUGCAAUAUAAUAUAAGACUGUGCCGAAAUAGACGGCUAUAAAGUUAUAAAAGUAGUUUUGUAAACGAUGAUAGGCAGAUUCGAUAAAGAUAUGGUACAUUUUUAUAAUAUCGUUGUUUAAUGACAAUUAUUUUAUUUUUAUUGGUUGAUUGAAAAUCUGAAUUGAGACCCAAGAAAUUACGAUUAUUUUGAAUUUAUGUUUAACACAAAUUACCAGUCGGUUUAAUUGUAUUUUGUGCAUGGUGCAUGCCUUUUAAUUUUGUACUGAAAUAUGCAGUUUAACUGCUUUAAAUUCGGAAUAACAUAAUGUAAUGUUUCAUUGGGUUUCAUACGAGAAAAUGUAAAGUUGACAGGUCAAGUGUAACUGUAAUAGAGGUGUCAAGUCAACUUAAUUAGGCACAGUAUAAUGUAUGAAAGAAAUUAGAUUUAGAGUUCAUGGAAUAUCGAGAUCUAUAACUAAUACUCAUUAUUAUUUUGGCUGCAUUUUUUCUCGUUUUAGACCUAGUGAGAUUUCCAUAAUGUUUGUAAAGGAAAAGUGAAAUGGCCCUAAACUAGUUUGUUUACUAACUUACGAAUAGUUAAGCAAAAUUGUAAUAAUAAAUCCUAAACUGGUGGGUCUAGUUUCGUCGUUUGUGAAUUUAUAUAGAUUUUUUUGGACUAUAAAUUAGUACAAAAAAGUCAAUAUGGCACAUGCAAUAUUAUUUUGUCGUAGGAUAAUAUUAUUAUUUGUAAAUAUGUAUCAAUGUAUAAUAAUUUAUACCACAUAGCUGCUUGUUAGGAUUACCUACUCUUAAAGUCUCGAAACGAUUAUAUUUAAAUUUUGAUCACUUGCCCAUUUACGUAGCAUCAGUUUUCACUGCUAGUGCCUAUCUUCAUUAAUGAAUAGGUACUGGUGAAAUUGUAGAUUUAAUAAUCUUAAAAUUUUGCAUCAUCAUAAAUAUUCAUUUAAUUUGAAAAGUAUUAUUUUAAUGCAUUUUAACUUUUUAAUUUUGUGUCCAACUCAUUUGGAUUUAAUUAUCAUUUAUAUGUAUUGUUUCUUUUUAUGUGAAUAUCUUGUUGUUUUUCUGGUUUGAAUGCAGAUUUUUUAAAUAAUUAGCACACUACCUACUCACAGAGUAUAGUUUUGUGUAAGUAUGUUACGAUCAUACAUUCUGACCCCUUUACUAAUAAAAAGUUACACAGUAGUUGAACACUGUUUUAAAAUGACAUUUCCAUACUAAACGUCACUUUAAAACGCUGUUCAACGAGCGUGUAAGUUUUAUUAGUAAGGGGGUCAGUAUUCUGACGAUGAUGAUCUUAUUUUAUCGGGCAAUUCUAUAAGUAGGUAAGCUAAGCUUCGAAGUAUCCUUAUUGUCCUUCCAUACAUAAUUAUGUUUGUAUUGGUCUCUCAACACAGAGAGUAAUCAUGUUAGAGAGUAAGCAAUUAAAAAUGAGUUCAUUUUUUAAUUACUUUGUAUUAAAUACGAUUUAC